AACAAUUGUACCCCCGUAAUAUGCUGAAAUAAAAAAAAAUUAAUUCCAGCUUCUAGUUAGAGUAAGCUUUAUUGUUAACCUCAUAAUGGGAAGUCACACCAGGAGUGGGAGACAUGUGACCCAUCUACCUGCACUUGCUCUUGCAUUAUUGACAUUGCUGUCAAUCUGCAGUUUCCGUGUAGGGGAUCUUUCUAGCUACCCUUCCCGGGAAGGGCGGUUGUAAUAGCUUAAUUUAGUUAAAGCCAGGUUCUGUAAUCUGCAAGUCCACAUACUGGGCACACAAAAAUAUGCUGAAAGCACAUGAGCAAGCAAGGGAGGGAACCCCUGUCAACCUGUCUGCAUUUGAGAAAGCCUCAUCUUCCCCCAGGAUGCCUUGAGAACUACGCAUGGCACGUACCCACCGGACAUAUGAACUAAAUGAGGGCACCAUGUCAACGCAGAUGUUAAAUAUUAGGAAAAGCUUAUGUUUCUCAUGUAGAUAAAAAGUAAUACAAGUAGACAUUCUGUAACAUUCUCUACCCACCCUAUUCUGGAGCCCCUCCUUUAGAGCCCCCAGCUGUGGACCUAGGGGAUCAGCAAAGGCCUGAGUGUGGGGGGCUGUCCAGGAAGCACAGCCAGCUCCGGAGGACGCAGGGAGAGGCGGUGGGGAAAGGACAAGGUGGAGGGAGAGAGAGCGAGUUCGGGGCUCUGCCACUCUGCCUGGCCAAGUGCUGAUGCUCAGGCGCUGCUUCACGUGGCUACAGGCCACGCGACUGGCUCAGGUCCUGCCACUGGGCCAGAACAUCCAGCUCCACCAGCUCAUGGGCUGUGUGGUGGUUGGGCUGUCCCUCGUGCACACGGUCGCCCACGUAGUGAACUUCAGUGAGCUCCAGGCUCAGGCGGAGGUCAGCCUGGGCCAGUUGUGGGAGCUGCAGCUCACCAGGAGGCCUGCUGCCCAGAAUGUCCUUGGCAGAUGGCUCAGGUGUGUGCCUCUGGUAUCAGGGAUCCCCCUCACAGCCUGCCUUGGCCACGCCCCCAGAGCAGAAUUAACGAAGCUUCCCAAGCCCAACCUCUUACUCAAGCCUGUCCCCAGGAGAGGGUCAGGCUCUGGGCCACAUCCUGGCUUGGGAGAUGGCCCUGAGCCCUGGCUCUGUUGCACCCCCAGCCCGUCAGCCCUGGAAGUUGAGUCCUAUUGGACUUACCUGUCCUACCGCCCCGUGUGGCUCCUGCUCAUCUUGCAUGGGCCUGGCCUCUUGUUCUUUCUGGAGAAGGCCAUCGGACUGACAGUGUCCCACCUGGCAGCCCUGUGCACCAUGGAAGUCAAUCUCCUCCCCACCAAGGUACAAGGGGGGGCCCUUCCCCAUCUUACCCUGAGGAAUGGGUGGCAGGGUGCAGUGAUUUGGUACCUGCUAGAAAUAGGAAAUAGGAAGAGUGUAGCUGCAGCCCCAGGGCUAUGGAGAGAUAAGCAAAAUGCAAGACCAGUGCAGCCCUCUGGGAGCCAGGCUUUAGGAAGAGGAAUGACAGGCAGGUAGGACACCACUAAAGGCCAGGACUCAGCAGAGCAUUCUCACUCAGCUCAGGAAGCAUAUGUCAAGUAUCUACAAGGUGGCAGGGCCUGCACUGGGUCGCAGAGACACAGAGAAGGCUCAGGCACUGUCCUGCGUUCUGGGGAGCCAGCCGCUCCAUUACAGUGCAUGGCUAUGUUGGGGCAAAGAGGUAGACUGUCUGGAGAUAUUAAAUCCUUUGUCUUUGGGAGGUGAGAGAAGGCUUCAAAAUGAGAGAGGAGAUGCCAUAUAAAGAUGUUGAGGAUGCAUAGGAGUUUGUUGGAUAGACAGGAUGGGGAAGAGUAUUGCUGAGAGGAGGAACAGCAGGGCUAGGGCACAGUGCCGUGACACACACAGCGACACACAGUGACACUGUGCUUGGAGGACCACAGGCAACUUGGCUUAGCUGGAGCCACGUUGCCAGGGAGCAGCUGCAGCGGUAGCAAGGCCUGGUCACGAAGGGCUCCUGAGCUGGGAGCCCUGCCCCGCGGCCACGGGGCCCCUGCGCAUGGUGGCAGGACAUGUGGUGUUAAGCUGGGGCAGUUUCUAUUCCAGCUAGAUUCCUUUAUGAAAGAAGCCUAUAGAAGAAGGGGACCCUUUGGUAGGCUCUUGUGAAUAUGAAGAUGGCAGUUCAGGAGGGCCUUGCCCCUGAGGCAGUGGCCAGGAGAUGGGGGUGCACAUCACAGAAAAACUCGACUUUACUGUGUUUGGGAUGAGAGGGAGGACAGAGCCCGGGACGUGUCCCAGCCCCUGAGUGGUGCCAUUUAUGGAGGAAGGGAGGGCAGGGUAGGGCGGCUCAGCUCUGAACAAGGUGAGCGUGAGGACGUGGGGGGCUGAGCGAUGAGACUGUUAGUGUCUAGGUUCUGGCCGCAGACGGCCUCGGUUGCAUUCGUAUCCCAUGGUUUCCUGGCUGGGGGCCUGGACAAGUUAUUUAACCUCUCCGAGCCUCAGCUUCUCAUCCGUAAGGUGAAUAAAGACUAACAUCCACUGCACAGUGGCCACUCUGUUCCUUUUCUUGGUAGAGGAGCCUGAACCUUAGUAAGCGAAGGUCGACCAUCAAGAAGGAUCGCAAGGUCUGCUCGCGAGAGAAAGCUGCCCAAGCCUGGCGGCCACGGGUGCCAAUUCAGUGCUGAGGAAGGACAUUCGAACCAGGACUCAAACCAGUGGGACAGACGGGGCCUGCUCCCUGCUGGAGGCCAGCCCACGCCCCACCUCCCCUCUCACCUUGACUCUGCUCAGACUCCAUCUGGUACACAUCCGGUCCCAAGGCCAGUGGCUAAACAGGCUGUACGAGUCCUUCAAGGCAUCAGGGCCUUGUUCUCGCAUCCCAUUAGCAAACGGCGAUGAAGCGCAGCACCCAGCGCUUCCCAGGUUUUGUUCCAGAUGCCGGAUAUAGAGCAAUAAGCGAAAUAGACGCAGUUGCUGCUCCCCUUCCGGUGGGAGACAGACAACGAACAGACAAAAUAGUACAUAAUACACCAGGUGGUAAUAAAUGCUGUGAAUAAAAAUAAAUCAGGAGCAAGGGGUAGUGAAAGGAAAAGUACGGUUUUAUUAAUAGAUAGCAUGGCGGUUCACAAUAAUGAGAAAAUGAACAUAAUCACAAUGCCCGGCAGAGAAGUAGCGAAAUAAAUUACUGAUCAUCCUUAGACUAGGAAGCCACCUCAAAAAAGAUCAUGUGGAUUUAAAUGUGUGAACAUGGAAAGCUACUCAGGAUGUGGGUACGUGGAAAACGCAGGUUGCAAAGUAGUAUGUUCCUUUUAUGUAAAAGUGUGUGUGUGU